UAGUUAUUAGUCGCUGAAACCAUGGCUUCCUCCAAUUUAAUGGCUUCUUUGGCUGUAAUUCUGGUUCUACUAGCAGUUAUUGCAAAAGCAGAUGAUCAUAUAUCUCCUGCUCCCUCUCCUAUCAGUGACAGCCUAUGCAAUGAAGUGGAGUGUGGGAAAGGAACUUGCAAGACAGCAAUUGGGUCUCCGUUUAACUUCGUAUGUGAAUGCGACGCUGGCUGGAAGCGAACCCGUCUUGACAACGAAGAAAAUCUUCAGUUUCUUCCUUGCAUAGUUCCAAACUGUAGUCUUGACUACUCCUGCAUGCCAGCUGCCCCUCCAGCGCCCUCCGUUCCAAACAACUCAUCAUUCUUCGAUUCUUGCAACUGGAUCUAUUGUGGAGAAGGUUCAUGCAAAAAGAAUGCCACAUAUACACAUACAUGCCAAUGCAACCCGGGUUAUCAAAAUCUUAUGAAUAUCAGUUUCUACCCUUGCUACAGUGAAUGUGCAAUUGGAUCUGAUUGCGCAAGGCUUGGAAUCGAGGUAUCUAAGUCAUCAUCACCCUCACCUUCUGAUGGGAAUAGUCAAGCCACCUCUUUUCUCCCAGGAAGAUUCCAUUGGAUAAGCAUCACACUGAUCUCUAUGGUUAUGGCCUUGUGGAAGUAA